AAAGAGCUCAGAAAUCAGUUCAGUUUGGUUUGAUGGCUUGUGAUCAUCCAUCUUCCUCUUGAUUAUAUUCCAGAGGUUUUCAAUUUGGUAAAAUCAAAGAAACUCAUCGUUUUUAAGUGCUCUCUUAUUUUUUCCAGAGCUGCAUGUUUGUAUAUCUGUAUUUUCAAUCGGAGUGGCGGAAAUAUUGACAGCGCUCGUGUUUCCAGUCGGAAGGUUUAUGGUGUGUCUCGCUGCUGAAGCGUGUUGGCUGUGGUUUGAGAUGUAGAUGUGAAAGAAACAGCUGAUCGGGUGCAGGCUGCUGUCUGGUCUGAUGGAUUCUCUUGAAGGCACCUUCAAAAACCUCUCAAUAGCCAGACGCCUGCAGCCAGAUGACCCAUCCUACAUCCUGGACCUGACGCUGCCAUCUGGAUCAGGACGUUCCGACCUGUUAGCUGUGAGCUGCUCCAAUCAGGCUGUCCGUCUGCACAGCAGGGACACACUCCGCCUGUGGGGGGAGUACCAGGGACACACCGGGGCCGUCUUUGGGGUCCGGUUUUCCCCGUCUUCUCCUGACCUGCUUUAUACUGGGUCUGCAGAUGGAACAGUUCGAUGCUGGGACAUCCGGCGACCCGGUUCCUCUGCGACCCAGGUGUUCCGUAGCGAUCCGAUGCAUUCUUACUGCUCCUUCGACGUGAGCUGUAACGGCAGGGUGCUUUGCGCUGGUACUGAGCAGGUGGGAGAGGACAGCUUCCUGGUGUUCUGGGACUCACGCAUGGAGGCUGAAGAUAAGGGGGGCCGCUUGCUGGGGGUGUACUCAGAAACGCACAGUGAUGACAUCACAGCUGUGCGAUUUCACCCAUCGCAGGCGGACAGGCUGGCAUCGGGGGCAACAGACGGCUUGGUGAACGUAUUCGAUUUGAGUUUAGGGGAGGAGGACGACGCCCUCAUUACGACCUGUAACUGCGAAUCUUCUGCUAGCGCCCUCUGCUGGUCAGGUAAAAAUCUGGACCAGCUUCUGUGCUUGAGUCAUGAUGAAGGCCUCCGGUUGUGGGACUUGUCCAGACUGGACAGUGAUGACCCGCUGACCCUCCUCAGUUCGCUCGACGCCCGGGACCUUGUUCCUCUACCCGAAGGGUCCUCGCUCGACUACUUUGUGGGCGGGACUUGGUUAGCCGAAGCGGAGCAUCUACUUGUGAUAGGUGGGUCCCACAGCGGCGAGAUCCACCUCCUGGAGUGCAGUGGGAGUGACAUAAAGCCAGUGACGUCACUGCGAGGAGGGCAUUCUGCAACAGUGAGAUGUUUCCAGUGGGAUUCUGUGGGUGGAGCUCUGCUGACCGGCGGGGAGGACGGGGAGCUUUUGCAGUGGAAAGCAGGAGGGGAGGAAAUUAGCGUGGGGAAAAAAGGCACGCUUAAAAGCAUCUCGUCCAUGCAGCUUAAAACAAAAGCUCACAGAAAGAACACAACCAAAAGAGACAAGAAACAGAAUGUGUGACGUACGGUACGCCGUAAGACUCCCACCAAAACUGACUGGUUUUUAAUUUAACAUCUUUUUCUGUGGAAAAAUGUAUUUAAUGUUUUACUGUAUAAGGUGCUACACAAUUCGUAAUAUAUACUGGCCUGAUUUUAAAUUUACAGUGUACACAUACUUGUUGGAAUUUCUAAAUUAAUACCAAACUAAAAUAAAAUACUAACAACAUCUUUA